ACACUGCUGUUCAAGGCCCUGAAGGAACACCACUCAGGCUCAUUACACCUGUGAGGCUGCCAACGCUGCUGCCACCGUAAACCACACCGCCACACUGACUGUUAAGGUGUCACCACGGUGGGUGGUGGAGCCCAGGAGUGGCACAGCAUUGGUGGGGUCAACAGUGGUGCUGGAUUGUGGUGCCCGAGGACACCCACAACCUGUCAUUACUUGGAUGAAGGCACCAGGAGAGGCAGCCCAGGAUUUCCAGCCCCUCGUGACAGAUGGAGUAAGGGUCACACAGGCCACGAAUGGCUCUCUGGUCCUCCCACAGGUCACAUCGAGGCAGGCUGGCUGGUAUAUGUGCAGGGCAGCCAAUGGUGUAGGCAAGUCACUCUCGAAGAUGGCCCAGCUGACUGUACAUGCACCAGCACGGGUCGUCACAGAGGGGGGUCGGGUCACAGGUCACUCAGGCCAAACAGUGACCCUGAGAUGUGAGGCCACAGGUGACACGCCCUUGACUCUCACCUGGUUGAGGCACCACGCCCCCAUUAUUCAGGACCACAGGACUCUGGUGCGAGAGGCGAAUGUUGGAGGAGGAACAUUACGAGCAGUCCUGGAGCUCCGCAGCAUUGUAUCCUCUGAUGCCGGGCCAUACUCCUGCAGGGCCACCAACCCACAUGGGGACCAUGAGCAAACCUACACUGUGUCUGUCAUUGAGCCCCCCACACCACCAGGAGGAGUGGAGGUGAAUGAGAUAGGGAGUCGCUCAGCUCGCCUCACCUGGUCCCUCCUCCAGCCCGCCGCUGUCACCAUACAGUAUAAAGCCAUGAUUGGGGACCAGUCGUGGGCAUCACAUGGGCGUAACGUCAGUGUGGGGCAGUGGGCAGCGUCUCAUGUACUGACAGGCCUCACACCACACCUCACCUAUGCUGUGCGGCUCAUGGCUCACAAUGACCUCGGCGUGUCCCAGCCCUCACCCACACAGAUGUUCACCACCACAGAGGAAGCCCCCUCCGGAGCCCCCCAGGAUGUGCGAGUGGCAGCAGGAGGCCCUCACUCCCUUCUGGUGACCUGGCGUGCCCCAGACCCCAAGCUGACCCAUGGUGUCCUACGGGGCUACACCCUUGCCCUGCGGCGCCAGAACCUACAGGGACACCUCUCCUACAUCACCCGGCCUGUCACCGCCGCCCCAGGUGAUGUGGAGGCCGUGGAGCAGUAUGAGGUGCGAGGGCUAGUGCCGGCAUCCCUGUAUGAGGUGGCAGUGCGGGCGUUCACCAGGGCAGGACCGGGGCCGCUCUCCUCACCCAGGAUUGUUGACUCCACUGGUGUUGAUGCUCCAUCCUGUGCCCCAUCCGGCGUCUCCUGCAGGAACUCUGGGCGGGGUGGGGUGCGGGUGUGGUGGUCCCCUCCUCCCACCCACUGCACCCACACCCCAGUCAGUGGCUACACUGUCAUUGCUACACCCACAAGGCACACCCACCGUGCCCACCAUGCCCACCACUCCUCUGCCAGCAGCUCUUGGGAGGUGAACACGACCAACCUGGAGAAGAACCUGGAUGCCCUGCCACCUGCCACCAACAUCAGUGUGAGGGUGAAGGCUUUUAACGAAGUGGGCAUCAGUCCCCCUCACAAUCCAGUCUUCUGUGUGACGGAGGAUGAUGUACCAGGGCCGCCCAGACGAGUUCGGGUCAUAGUAACAGGGCCCAGCUCCCUCAUAGUAACCUGGUCUCCACCCCGCCCCUCCACUGGCACCAUCCUGCACUAUACCCUCUACUCUGCCCGGGAUGACCAGGUACCAGUGAGGGAUGUUGUUGGUGCCGGUGGCUCUGAGGCUACCUGGCGGGAGCUGAGGGGCCUCACACCUGCAUCAAGAGUACAGGUGUGGGUGACAGCGACCACAGUGGCAGGUGAGGGUAGCCAGUCCCCACGCCUCACUGCCCUGCCCAAGGCCACCCCCUCCCAUGCCCCCAUAGCCGUUGGUGGCGGGGGGAGGGUGUGGCGAGUCGGGGUGGGGUCAGGGGUGACGCUUGGGUGCCGGGGACUGGGGUCGCCUCCCCCGACAGUCUCCUGGACGAAAGGUGGAUCGCCCCUCACCAGCGGCCCCCUCAUGCAGCUCUUGCCGGGGGGAGACCUACACCUCACAGGGGUGCGGGAGACAGCCAACUAUACAUGCUGGGUGAGGAACAGCGAGGGGACAGACAGCUUCACUCAUCUGGUGGUGGCUGAGUCUGCCCCUCCCCCCCCAGCCAUCACCCUCGCCCACGCCACCCACAACUCACUCAACAUCACCCUCACUCCCAAGGGGGAUGGUGGUGCACCCAUCCUAGGCUACACCCUUCACCACCGGGGCAGAGCAGGGGAGUGGGUGGAGACCCCAGGGGAUCCAGCGGGGCAGGGCAUGGUGGUGCGAGGCCUGGCAUGCGGGGCACCCCACCACCUGUAUCUCACUGCCUGGAAUGCCCAUGGCACCUCCGCCCCAAGCCCUGUCCUCAUCACCAGCACCCUCGGCAGUCCUCCUGGCCGCCCCCACCCAGCACAGGUGGUGGAGGUGAAUGCCACUUGUGUAACCCUGAGACUGUACACAUGGCCAGAAGCAGGCUGCCCUGUCACCCACUGGAAGGUGGAGCGUGGUACAGGUGGGGGCGGCACAGGACCCCCCUGGACCCCCCUGUAUGCACGCCUGUCCCGCGCCACAGCAGACCUGGGCCUGUGUGACCUCCCUGAAGCACCCUGGCACCUGCUGAGGGUCACAGCGGCUUCCUCAGCAGGUGACACAACUGUGGUGUAUCGCGUGGCUCUGCGUGGCGCUGGUGGGGGUUCCAUGACGGCAGAGGCAGUGCAGGAGGUGCUGGUGGGGGGUGGCAGUGGGGCAGGGCCAGGAGUGGGGGCAAGCUGGCUGGAUGCUCAUGUGGUAGCCGGCGUGGUGAGUGCCCUGCUGCUGGCCACUGCCCUCAUCAUCUGUGUGUGUGUGGCAGUGCGUAGGAGGAGGUAUGAUGGGUACAGGCAGGGUGGCAGUCUGGACACCAAGGGCGGGGGUGGUGAGGAUGAUAAUGCCCGCAACUCUGAGCUGACCCGUGCCCACCUGUACUCCCCAACCCCCACCAAGAAGCCCCGUGGGUCCUUGGCCUCCCUCAAGACCCAGGAUGAUACAUCAGACCCUUAUGAGAUCUGUCCCUACGCCACCUUCAGCGUGGGGAGCUCAGAGGGAACACUGGAGUAUGGUCUGUCCCUUCACUCCAUUACUCCAAGAGACUGCCUCGACCACCCCAUCCACAGUGAGAGACGACCCCAGCAGUCCCCUUCCUACGGCCAGGUUGGGCGGCAGAGGGCACAGUCUCACUACAAGGAGACAGAAAUAUCCUACAUCAGUAGCAGCAGCAGAGGUCGAGGAGAGUAUGGCAGCAGACCCAAAUCCCUCCCUGGAGCCGCCCAGCCCUCUGCCUCCACCCCCGGGGGACUGCCAGCCUCCUCGGAGCAGCGGGAGUGGACAGAGAGUGCCAAGGACACCAGGCAGCGGCAGCACCGGUCACGAAGCCACACCAGAGGUGAGGCCUCCUGUCGAGACUCAAGCACUGAGAGCAAUGACGCAUCCACCUCCCCUGUACAGCAGCGGCAGCACUACCAGCACCCGAAGGCCCCGCCACAGCAGCACUAUAUCCAGCAGCUGCCUCCCACACAGCAGCAGCAGCAGCAGCAGCAGCAGCAGCAGCAGCAACAGCAGCAGCAACAGGGAGCAGGGGGUGUUGUGGGGGGGAGAGUGGGCCCACAUCCCCUGCCGCCUGUCCGCCAUGCCAGGUAGUCUCAGGGAGUGUGUUGCAGGGCGCGGAACGGCUCUUCAUCUAGCGGAACCUCCUCCCCCCUCACCCCCCCACGGCCGCUGCACCCCCCCUCAGGGUUCUCUGACUCGAGGGAGCUGUCGGAGGCAGAGUGUGACCGGGAGCUACUGAGAGCAGAGGGGCGAGGCAGCGAGAGCGUGAAGGCUCGGGGGAGGAAGAAGACUGAUGCUCCCGGAAGUGAUGGUCUGGGGGCAGAGCUUACUCACCUGCUGCAGCGUUACCAGGCCCAGAACAGCCACGGCACACCCCAGAAGUCCCCUUACAGUAUCAAUGUGUAGCUUUAGGUGUCUGUGUGAGUGGAGACCGGCUGUGUGUGGUGCUGGUUUCUCUCUCUCUGCCGUCAAGUGUGUUCGUGUUUUGUUGUUUGUAAAGAGAUGGGUGAUGGUGAACGGAAGGAGAUGACUAAUGGGUGAAUGAAAGGAGCUGUUGUCAUGUGUCCUGGUGUGUGGUUUGUCCCUCCCUCACUCCUGCCAGCUGGGGACCUGUGGUGUGUGGGACCUGGCCACCUACUUCUGUAGUCACUUUCAGGAAACCUCUUACUUCUCCAGAUGGUUCAUUUUGUUAUCCAUAUGAGUUAACGUUGAUUGAAUGAUAUAUUAGCAUUCUGUUUUUACUUGUAUGAGCGUGGAUGGCUCUUGAAUUGUUUCUUUAGUGGAUGGAAAGAACUUUUACUUAUCCAAAGUUAUUUUUUUUUUAUGUGUGAACUAUGAACUAAGAACUGUAUGGUUAAAUGAAGUAUUAGUUCUCUAUUUUUCUAUUCUGUGAGUGUGGACAGCUCAUAAAUUGUCUCCUUAAUGGAUGAAAAGAGCUUUUACUUCUUCAAAUAAUUAAGUUUCUCAUCCUUACAAGCCAUCUGUUUUUUUUCAUGAACUGAGAAUUGUAUGAUUGAAUAAAAUAUUAGUAUUCUGUUUUCUGUCACAAUUAUAUGAGUGUGAAGCACAAGACACAGUAGAUGGAAAGAUCCCUUACCCUUCCAGAAAUUUCAGUUCCAUAUAAGUUAACUUUGUAAACUGAGAGUGCAAUGAUUGAAUGAAUUGUUAAUAUUCCAUUUUCAUCACAAUGACAUACAUAUACAUGUCAGUUUCAUAUCCAUAAAGAUUCAUCCUUUUAUAAAUUAAGCAUAUUGCAACAGAAUGAAGUACCAGUAUUAUUUUCAUCACAAUUCUAUGAGUGUGGAGCAACUUAUUAACUGUGUUGGUGGUGGCUGGCACGGAGUCCUAGCAGGUCCCUGUGGUACUGCAGUGUAGCAGACUCACCAUGCUGGGCACUGCAGGCAUUCACCCACAUCAAGAACCUUUAAAUGCACAGGUUCACAGAUUGAUGGCAGUGUUUUUAUCAAGACUUGCACAUAUGGAAAGGAAGAUGUAUGAAUAUAUGUACAUAAUUUAAAUUGAAAUGUUUGUUUUAAAAAGAUAUUUAAUGUAUGUUGUUCAGAUAUACCUUUCAAUGUGUCUCAGUAAUAAAGCCAUUAUCAAGAUGG